UUCUGAUGGAGUACGGCGCCUCUCCCACCUCCUUCAACGCUGCCAAGGACACGCCCCUGCACCUGGCAGCAGAGAGGGGGCGUGUGCACUCUGUAGCCGCGCUGCUGGCCAAGGGCGCCCCAACAGAUGCUAAGAACAGGGAGAGUGGAAGGAACCGGAGAGAGAGAGAGAGAGAGAGAGAAAGAGAGAAAGAGAGAAAGAGAGAGAGAUACCCCCACGGGCUUGGCAUCACUGCGGGCCCAGCUGACAGCCUUGCAUCGCUCUCCUUUAUCUUCCCCGCUUCAAUUUAAGCCCAGCGAGGAGAGAGGAAGGAUGCUGGCCCUCACACCUUAUUGAUUAACAAAGUGAUGCAAAAAAAAAACAAAAAAACAAAAGUCCCACACAACACAUUCUGAAUCUCACUGUAACACACACACACACACACACACACACAACACACACACACACACACACACACACACACACACACAGCUCAGGUAGAGAGAGACCAAUAGUACAAUUAAGUUAGGAAAUUGUUAGUGUAAAUGUGAAUGUUUUUGUGGCACCCUGUAACUUGAACUGAAUAGGGUUACAAGAAGAAGAAGAAGAAGAAAAAAAAAUAUAAGUAUUAUUAUUAUUAUUAGUAGUAGUAGUAGUAGUAGUAGUAAUAUUAGUGGUAAUAAUAUAGAACAAAAAAAAAUACAAGAAUUAAAAGUAGAAAUAGUAAAAAGUAGUAGUAGUAGUAGUAGUAGUAGAAGAGUGUUUUUGGGUAUUCAAUAAAAAUCUAAGUAAAAAUUUAAAUACCACAUAUACCAAACAACAACAACAACAACAACAACAACAACAACAACAACAACAAAUAAAAAAAAAAAUAACAAAACCCACAUUUUUUCUCAACUACAGAUUAAUAAUAAUAAAAAAAGGAUUUCCUUCAUAAAACUCACAAAAAAAACAACACAUUAAAGGCACAAGCAGCAAGUUAAAUUUACCCUCACAUUAAGAUAGUGUCUGUAUCUUUAUAAGGGGAAGGUUAGCAAGAUAGGAAGCUUUCGAGUGCGUUAAGUGAGUGAGUGUUCUGUAAAUAUUGAUCGUAACUAAUAUUACCAUGUUUACUUGCUAUUAGGCUGUAGUUGAAGUGACACACGGGUUUUCAAGGGUGUUUUUACGGUUCUAGAGACAGAUUAACAAGAUUUCUACAUUACUAACAGGGGGAAACACUCUUGAGAACCUCCACUACUUUCCAAAGGCUCUAGUUGAAGUGACACACAGGUUUUCAAGGGUGUUUUUACGGUUCUAGAGACAGAUUAACAACAUUUCUACAUUACUAACAGGGGAAACACUCUUGAGAACCUCCACUACUUUCCAAAGGCUGUAGUUGAAGUGACACGCGGAUUUUCAAGGGAGUUUUUACGGUUCCAGUGACAGAUUAACAAGAUUUCUACAUUACUAACAGGGGAAACACUCUUGAGAACCUCCACUACUUUCCAAAGGCUGUAGUUGAAGUGACACACGGGUUUUCAAGGGUGUUUUUACGGUUCCAGUGACAGAUUAACAAGAUUUCUACAUUACUAACAGGGGGAAACACUCUUGAGAACCUCCACUACUUUCCAAAGGCUGUAGUUGAAGUGACACACGGGUUUUCAAGGGUGUUUUUACGGUUCCAGUGACAGAUUAACAAGAUUUCUACAUUACUAACAGGAGAAAUGCUUUUUAAAAGGCUCUAAUUGAAGUGACCUGGGUUUUAAAGGGUGUUCCUGUGACAGAUUAACAAGACUUCUACAUUAUUAACGGGAGAAACACUCUUUAAAAGGCUGUAGUUGAAGUGACACAGGUUUUCAAGGGUGUUUUUAAGGUUCCAGUGACAGAUUUACAACAUUUCUACAUUACUAACAGGAGAAACACUCUUUAAAAGGCUGUAGUUGAAGUGACACAGGUUUUCAAGGGUGUUUUUAAGGUUCCAGUGACAGAUUAACAACAUUUCUACAUUACUAACAGGAGAAACACUCUUUAAAAGGCUCUAGUUGAAGUGACGCGGGUUUUCAAGGGUGUUUUUAAGGUUCCAGUGACAGAUUAACAAUAUUUCUACAUUACUAACAGGAGAAACACUAUUUAAAAGGCUCUAGUUGAAGUGACGUGGGUUUUCAAGGGUGUUUUUAAGGUUCCAGUGACAGAUUAACAACAUUUCUACAUUACUAACAGGAGAAACACUCUUUAAAAGGCUGUAGUUGAAGUGACACAGGUUUUCAAGGGUGUUUUUAAGGUUCCAGUGACAGAUUAACAACAUUUCUACAUUACUAACAGGAGAAACACUCUUUAAAAGGCUCUAGUUGAAGUGACGCGGGUUUUCAAGGGUGUUUUUAAGGUUCCAGUGACAGAUUAACAACAUUUCUACAUUACUAACAGGAGAAACACUCUUUAAAAGGCUCUAGUUGAAGUGACGCGGGUUUUCAAGGGUGUUUUUAAGGUUCCAGUGACAGAUUAACAACAUUUCUACAUUACUAACAGGAGAAACACUCUUUAAAAGGCUGUAGUUGAAGUGACACAGGUUUUCAAGGGUGUUUUUAAGGUUCCAGUGACAGAUUAACAACAUUUCUACAUUACUAACAGGAGAAACACUCUUGAAAAGGCUCUAGUUGAAGUGACACGGGUUUUCAAGGGUGUUUUUAUGGUUCCUGUGACAGAUUAACAACAUUUCUACAUUACUAACAGGAGAAACACUCUUUAAAAGGCUCUAGUUGAAGUGAUGCGGGUUUUCAAGGGUGUUUUUAAGGUUCCAGUGACAGAUUAACAACAUUUCUACAUUACUAACAGGAGAAACACUAUUUAAAACCUGGCUAGUCAUCUCUGUGGCCUUGAAGAGAGAGAGAGAGAGAGAGAGAGAGAGAGAGAGAGAGAGAGAGAGAGUGUUUCAGCAAAGAUAACAAUAGAUAAAAAAAUAAAUAAAUAAAUCACAAUAACUUUUUACCACUGAUAAGUAAAGAUCAGUUGCUUUUGAUAGGAGAAAGACAACUCCUUAAAUAAACAAGUAAAGUGUGCGGUUUUCUUUCAUAAGUGUGUGUGUGUGUGUGUGUGUGUGUGUGUGUGUGUGUGUGUGUGUGUGUGUGUGUGUGUGUGUGUGUGUGUGUGUGUGUUCUCUCAAAGCACUUAACACACUUUUGAAGAAGGAAGAAUAGGGAAAUAAUUUUUUUUUUUAAGUAUUUAAGUGAAGUUUGAUUUUAUAAGUGUGUUAGUUUGAAAAGUAAGUGUUUUUUUUUAAGUAUAUAAGUGAAGUGUGGCUUUAUAAGUGUGUCUAAGCUCCCUAAGACACUUAACACACUUAGAACAAAGAAAUAGAAAAGAUAAUUGUUUUAAGUAAAGUUUGGUUUUAUAAAUGAGAUUCAAAUUAAGUGUGUUUUUUUUUAAUAUAUAAGUGAACUAUGGGUUUUAUAAGUGUCUCAGCUUAAAUAAGUGUGUUUUUUUAAGUAUAUAAGUGUGGAUUUAUAUAUUAGUUUUGAAAUAAGUGAAGUUUCCAUUCUAUAAGUACAUUAGCCUCAAAAUAAGUGGUUUUUUUUUAAGUAUAUAAGUGGUGUGGGUUUUAUAAGUGUGUUCUAAUUUUAUAAAGGCACUUAAUACAGAGUUUGGAUAGACAUACAGACAUACAGACAAGUACAGAGUGUUGCAGAAGUGGUGUGUUUGUAAUCCUUUCUGUAUUUAUGUAUUAAUUUCACGGUUUUGCAAAGAUGUAUAUGUAGCAUUCAGAAUAUAAGACAGACAGACAGACAGAUAGAUAGAUAGAUAGAUAGAUUAAUAAAAACAGACACACACACACACAAAAUAAACAAAUAAACACCAUAAAAACAAAAAAAUAAUAAGCAAAACAAACACAAAAUAACAAACACACACAAACACACAAACAAACGAAAAGAACCAACAAACAAAACCAGCAAAAAAGAAACCAACAAAACAACAAAAAAAAACCCAACAAACAAACAAACAAACACGAAAAUGAACCAAGAUGACCAAGACCCAAUUUUGCCCCCCCAUGACCCCGCCACCCCCGCCGCGGACCCCACAGGCGAGGGGGGGCGUGGUGGGGGGACGCGGGGAUGCUGUGGUCGGGUGUGUGAGGGGGUACGGGCGGUCACCAUUGAACCAGUGCUGUUUUUAUAUGUAUUGGCUGCAGUGAUGAUGGGCACUAUUUCAACAAAUCUGCUGCUGGAUAAGAUAUGCCGAGAGAUGGCGUACCCAGAGGAGGUGUGCUUGAACCUCACCUCUUACACCACAACAGAGGCGGAGGUGCAGCAGAGGGUGACAGUGACCUUAAUGUACUAUAACUUGAUCACCAGCCUUCCAUCGGUUUUGUUUGCGCUCUUUCUUGGCUCUUGGAGUGACCGACAUGGGAGGAAAGUGCCGAUCGUCUUACCACUCUUCGGAAACUUAAUGUCAUCUUUAGUCUAUGUGGUGAACGCAUACCUGACCACACUGCCGUCAUCCUACCUCCUGUUCGCCGGCCUCCCCAUCGCUCUCACGGGGGGCAUGUCAACCCUCCUGAUGGCCUGCUUCUCCUAUGUGUCAGAUAUCACUCGUGUCAGAUCGCGCACCACCCGAAUUGCCUUAUUAGACCUUGGAUUCAGCCUCGGCAGUCCUAUAGGCAUAUUAUUAAGUAGUAUAGUUUAUUAUUACAUAGGUUAUUUAGGCAUAUACACAUCAGGGACCUGUAUUUUCAUUAUUGCGUUGCUUUACGUUAUUACCUGCGUCAAAGAUACCAAGGGCCCCAGUGCGAACCCCGCGGGACUCCAACAGACUUCCGGGGUGGCCAUGGGGAGGAUGUGCGCGGACCUCUUUGACACGGAUAAUGUGAGGAGGUCUUUCGCCACGGCUUUCAAACGCAGGCCUCACAAGGGACGCGCCAAAGUCCUCCUGCUUAUUGCCGCGAUGUGCCUCAUGGUCAUGGAAUUUGGAGGGAUUGGCAUGGAUUACCUGUACACCAAGAGAAUGUUUGGCUGGACUUAUAACCAAUACGUGGAACUCAGUGUGACUCGGCUCCUUAUCCAAUUGGUCGUGACAUCAAUAGUGCUACCAGUGCUGAGCUACAGACUGCAGGUAUCAGACACGGUGCUGGUGCUGGUGGGCUGUGUGUCCAAGAUAAUGGGGAUGUUUGUAAUGGGUAUUGCCACAGACCCCUGGUUCCUCUAUCUGAGUGCAAUCAUUUCAAGCAUUGGUGUUCUUCCUCUCGUCAUCACACGCUCCCUGAUCAGCAAGACGGUGCCUGGGGAGGAACUGGGGAGGAUAUUCUCAGUCCUAGCAUCCUUCGAAGCCGUCAUACCUCUUGGUUCGGGCCCCCUCUAUACUGCGGUGUACAAUGGGACCAUCCGAACCUUCCCUGGGGCUGUUUACUUUUUGUCAGCAGCCUUGUAUGUGGUUGUUGAAUGUAUAUUUGUGUGGGUAUUCGUCAACAGAAACGCCUCCCCUACCUCCUCCUCCUCCUCCGAGCCCCCAGUGCCGCCAACCUCACACAUACAUGCUGACGAGGUUCCAAACAUUGACACGUAAAUAUAGCACGGCGUUGAAUAUGUUGCUAAUUAUGUAUACGUUCAAUGGCGUAUGUAUAUUGAGGGCUGAAUAUACAAGGGUGACUAAGAGGGGGUCUGGUGGGGGUCUUCAAGUGGCACAGGGGACGCAACAAGGGUGACUAAGAGGGGGUCUGGUGGGGGUCUUCAAGUGGCACAGGGGACACAGCAAGGGGGACUAAGAGAAGGUCUGGUGGGGGUCUUCAAGUGGCACAGGGGACACAAUAAGGGGGACUAAGAGGGGGUCUGGUGGGGGUCUUCAAGUGGCACAGGGGACGCAACAAGGGUGACUAAGAGGGGGUCUGGUGGGGGUCUUCAAGUGGCACAGGGGACACAACAAGGGUGACUAAGAGGGGGUCUGGUGGGGGUCUUCAAGUGGCACAGGGGACACAACAAGGGGGACUAAGAGAGGGUCUGGUGGGGGUCUUCAAGUGGUACAGGGGACACAACAAGGGUGACUAAGAGGGGGUCUGGUGGGGACACAACAAGGGUGCCCUACACAAGGUCCUCAGGGUGAGUAAUCAGGGCAGGACAGGAAGUGAAGGUUGAAGCUUGGUAAGGAAAGAGACAGGAGGGCACUGGUGGUGAGACAGUGACUGGAAUGUGACUGGCAUGAACUCAGUAGUCAGGCUGUUAGUGCCGAAUCACCAGGGACCUUUGAAACAACACUGCGCAGGUGUGGACAGGGAGGACAGGUGCAAACAGACAGAUGUACCACUACUACUACUACUACUACUACUACUACUACUACUACUACAACUAAACAGACCGGCAUAUUUAAUACAGGGAUUGCCACGUGUAGGUCUGAUGGCUUCCUGCACCAACCCUUGUGUUCUCUUUAUAUCACAAAGUUUUAUAAGACUUUCUGUUUAUUUAAUGGCACAAAGGGAUCUGUCAGUACUUGUAUAAAUAAAGAAAAAAGGUGUUAUUUAUUUAUCUUGUCACAAAAGUUGGUUUAAUUGUAGUUUUCUUUUUUUAUUUAUAUCAACGUAAUAUCAAUUUUUCAUUAUAUAUAUAUAAAAAAAUGUGUAUUGUUUUUAUAUAUCUUGUCACAAAGUUGUAAUAUUUUCAUUUAUGUGGACUAAGUUAAAUUCUCAUUAUACAGUAUUUAUUUAUUUAUUUAUUUAUUUAUUUAUUUAUUUAUUUAUUUAUUUACUUACUUACUUAUUUUUGCCAGAUUAGUCAGUUUGUUUUAUUCAUUCAUUUCCGAGCAAGACAAGACGGAAGCUGCAGUGCGCAUCACAAAAAAAAAAAAAAAACUUUAUUUACACAACAUUGCUCACUUCAUUAUAAUUAUUUUACUCUUAAAACGUAAUUAUUCAGUAUUUUACAAGACUGUGUGUGUGUGUGUGUGUGUGUGUGUGUGUGUGUGAUGGCCAACUUGGUAUAAGGACAGACAGACAGAUGAAUAUUUAAUCAAAAGAUAUUAUUUAUACGUAUAUCGUGAUGAAUUAGCUUGAUAUUGUGUUUAAGUCAAGGUGGCAUUACAGAAGGAACAAAUAGUUUUAAGUUUUCCUUUAAUCUAAUUAGAAGAAAAGAAAAAAAAUAUGUAUUGAAGUUGUUUUAAUUCAAAGCAGUAAGUUUGAGUUGACUGGAAGGCUUCCUAAAAAUGUGUUUGUAGUUAGUGGAGAAAUUAUUGUACUUUUAAGGAAAUUAUUUAAACUACCUAAAAAUUCAGUAUAUAAUGAGAUUUAAGGGAAUAUUGUGUGUUUUUGUGUAGCUUUAAGUUUGCUGGUUCCUUCACACUUUGCCUUGGGGGGGAAAGGAAGAGUCUUUAGCAAAAUGUGUUCACGUCAGUCUAGGAAAUUGCUUUUAUUUUUAUCAUUUUUUGUUUAUUUUGCGUUACUUUUGAUUUAUUUAUUUUGAUUUAUUUAUUUUUUCUCAGGAAAGAUGUGCUUUUUCUUUUUAUAUUUCUUUAUGUGAAUUUUAAGUGCAAUUUUUUUUAAGCAGUACUUUUCAAUUAGGAAAGGUAAUUUUUAUUUAUUUUUAUUAUUAUUAUUUUUUUUUAGCUUGACUUCAAUUAGGAAAAGGUGUUUUUCUUUUAAUUUCUUUUUUUUUUAGAUUUUUCAAUUAGGAAACGUUUUUUUUAUUUAUUUUUUUCCUAUCGCUACUUUUCAAUUCGGAAAAGUGCGGCGCAAAAAUACCUCAAAUUAAUAAUAUCAGGUACGUCACUCCCUUCCACAUUCCAACUAUUAAAAGAAAAAGGUAUUUAAUAUUAUUUGUGAGAGAGAGAGAGAGAGACUGUAUUAUCUAUUUUAUUGUAUGUACAUUGCGUAGCCUCUCCUUGCCGCUGUAUAAUACCCAUUGGAAAGGCUGCAAUACAUAUGCCAAAAUAAAGGUGAUGAUUGUUA